GGAGAGGAGAUCGGUCACGCUCGUCCGCGUCCGGUUCUUCUCGUCGCUUCGCACCGCGCCGCUCCGUACCGCGCCGUGUCCGCUCGGCAAAGCGCAACGUGCACCACGCGCUCCAGUCCGCCGCGAGUCGUCGGUUGGGUUGUUGCGUUCCGUCUCGUGUCUCGAAUUUGCCGCUUCGAGACAUUUUCCGCUCGAUUCCUCGGCGCGAGGUUUGGGAAUGUGUUCCGCGCGAUCGCGUUAAGUAUUAGCGAAACGCGAUUCGCAUCGGCAACGAUAACAGGGAUUUAAUAGUCGGUUGUAGCCAAAGACCGACAACAUGAGGAACUCGACGUUGCUGAAAUGGGCACAGAAUUCGGCGAACAAUAAAAAUCAGCCGAGCAAGAACGGAGGAACGAAUAGGAACUGGAUACACCCACCGGAUGCGCUCCAAAAAGGACACAUCGCCUAUCUAGUCAAGUAUUUGGGCAGCACAGAAGUGGAUCAACCUAAAGGCAUCGAUGUCGUCAAGGAGGCAAUCUGUAAACUGAAAUUCAAUCAACAACUCAAAAAAAGCGAAGGUACGAAAACCCCAAAGGUCGAGCUCACCAUAAGUAUCGAUGGCGUGGCGAUACAGGAACCAAAAACAAAAACGACGCCCAAGCGAAUUAUGCAUCAGUAUCCGUUGCACAGAAUUUCGUACUGCGCCGACGAUAAAGGGGAGAAGAAGUUUUUUAGUUUCAUCGCAAAAGAGGAGGACGCGGAGAGGCAUACUUGCUUCGUUUUCGUCAGCGACAAACUAGCUGAAGAGAUCACGCUUACUAUCGGUCAAGCCUUCGAUCUGGCUUACAGGCGGUUCCUCGAAACUUCCGGUAAAGAUCUGGAAACGCAACGGCGCUGCAUGGUGCUACAACAGAAGAUAAAACGAUUGGAGCACGAGAACAACGUUUAUCGACAACGGCUACAAGAUAUCGCGGCAAUUAAAGGCUCGGCGGACGUAUCAGCAUAUUUAUCGCAGCAUAAUCUGCCCGAUAUCCUUCACGUACCUGGAGCUCCGACGGACUCGCCGCAAAUCAAUGGCACGACCAGCAGUAAGCUAGUGCUCAACACGAGCAGCGAUAGCAAUGGAAACACGUCCAACGGGCCUCAGCAACCACCGCCAGUUCCGCCGAGGAGUUUCGAAAAGAGCUUUGAUGAUGAUUUCAUGGGAAGCGAGCCAGCCCCAAUGCCGUCGGUUGGCACGAAAUUGGAAGGGCUGCUGAUGGACGAGUUUGAAGAGGAUUUCAACCCGAGGGCCUACGAGACCGCAGCCAAUGGUCUUGCCAAUCACCAAUCGAACAACAAUGCGCUUCUUAAUGGCCAAGUGUCUUCAGGAGCAAACUUCUUCUCGCAGUCAAACGGCACGACUAGCUCUCCGCCUCUACUGGCACCACCACCAAAGACGAAAGACUCGAGGCGCCAAAACGGAGUCAAGGAGGAUUUGUUCGGUAGCAUUCCCUUCAAUCCGACGCCGACUUUAAACAUGAAGAACGACUUCAACGAUCCGUUUGAGAUGGGCGAAUUUGGCGCUUCGACUGUGACAUCUAAUCCCAGCCAGCAGGAAUUGGAAAACGCUAUCGGUCUGCUGGACAAGAGGCUGUUAGAGAUGAAGGACGGUUUCAGUAGAGGGCUGUGCAUCGGAACUGAUGACUUUUCUUUGGAGAGCUUGGACCCGCUGCGAAAUUAGGCUCGUCAAUCGUCAUGCUGGAAGCGCGAUGCUACGAUAUAAUAAAAACUUCAUUACUCUGUACUCUGGGAGUACGAAGUACCAACUAACGGAUAGAGCAAUUAGGAAUUACGUCCGUGUAAAACCAAAAUUAGUCAAUUAUUAUUCUACUAUCCUACUAUAUUUAUGAUCAUGUUCGAUAUUUAUGAUACGCAUAUAUGAAAUAAUAAUUUUAUAAGCGUGUUUCUUUCUACGCUCGCUCUCCGGUAAUUUACGCUAUUCUAUCCGCCGCUUUGGAAAACUGAGGUUCAACGACGCGCGUUUUUGUCGCCCAUUCCAUAAGUCAGUAAGACGGGAUCUCAAGGUUGAUCGCUAGAGUGGAAUCAAAUAUUCUAAUUAAGACCGCAUAAUUUUAAAACGCAAAAAAUCUUAUAUAAAUACUUCAAUCUUACCGCGAAUCUCAUAUCGACGAUGGUAUGCUUGCGUCUUUCAUAUUUUUUAAUGAGAUGCUAAAAAAAGCAAAUUAAUAUCUCGGUCGACCAUCGUGUUUCAAGGAAUGGUGGUGAUCGAAGUAAUUUCUUAGUACAUCUUAAGAGAAAUUCAUAAUGUAUGCAUGUAUCUUUUUUUUAUAUUCGGCCUAGAGUUUAAUCUAAGCUCGUCGCAACGACUACGGUCGUUGGUUGGAAAGAGAACUAAUAGCCGACAAAAAUGGAACACUAACCAUCAUUAGUGUCUAGAGAUCACACACUAAUAAUACGAAACGCAUAGCCUUCAUAGACUGUCGAUUGAAUCCACAUAAUCCGCACAUCCUCUUUCUUCGGUUUAUCGUACAUAUCUUUAAUCCGUAUCUUCCUUUAAACGACAACAUAAAAAAAGGAACAAAGUUUUACCGCAGUAAGAACGCACGAAGAGGUUCUAGCUAUCUAGAUUUUACAGUAAUCUCUACACGUAUCACGAUCCGACGUAAAUGUGAAGCGUCGAACGAAUUUACGUUUAUCGCUAUAUAUAAAGAGGAUUAAUAAUCAUGUAAAUAUGAAAUACUUUAUCUUAUUGUUGCUACAUUGUUUAAGAACCAUAGUUAAGAAUAUACCAUAUGAUUAUUGAAACAAAAA